AUGGGAAUCGAUGUCAAGAAGAAGGUGCUUAAACGCAAAUUGAAACAAAUGAAAGAAGGACAUCAGAAGAAAACGAAGAAAAUUGUAGAAGAAGAAGUUUUGAAAGAGGAAGACAGUGAUAUCGAAGAAGAUGAGGUAAUUAUUUUUAACCACAUUCAUAUUCAAAAAAUUGAAUGUUUUAGGUCGAAACAAGUGAAGCUCCAAAAAUUAAUGAAGAUUCGACAAAAGUUUCUGAUUUCUUAACACAAACAACAUUUGCUUCGCUUUCUGGAAAAAUAAGCACUUCUCUUUUGAAUUCUGUCGAGAAAAUGGGAUUCAAAACAAUGACUGAAAUUCAAGCAAAAAGUAUUGAUCCACUUUUGGAAGGAAAAGAUGUUCUAGCAUCAGCUAAAACAGGAUCAGGUAAAACUUUGGCAUUUUUGUUGCCAGCUAUCGAAUUGUUGCACAAACUUGGAUGGAAACAACACAAUGGAACUGGUGUUAUUAUUGUAUCACCAACUAGAGAAUUAUCAAUGCAAACUUAUGGAGUUUUAUCGGAAUUAUUGGAUGGGUCAAAUCUUUCAUAUGGUUUAGUAAUGGGAGGAUCAAAUAGAAGUGCUGAAAAAGAUAAAUUAGCCAAGGUAAUUUUUUGUAAUUCAUGAAGUUUGAGGAAUUAAUUUUAAUUUUUCAGGGUGUUUCGAUUCUUGUUGCAACUCCAGGUCGUCUUUUGGAUCAUCUUCAAAACACUGACAAUUUCCUUGUUCGAAAUUUGAAAUGUCUUGUUAUCGAUGAAGCUGAUCGUAUUCUUGAUAUUGGAUUCGAAAUCGAAAUGCAACAAAUUUUGAGACAUCUUCCAAAACAAAGACAAUCUAUGCUUUUCUCUGCAACACAUUCACCAAAAGUUGAUGAAUUGGUUAAACUUGCAUUGCAUUCAAAUCCUGUUAAAGUAUCGGUUAAUGAAAAAGCUGAAGAAGCAACUGUGGAAGGAUUGCAACAAGGAUAUGUUGUAACACCAUCUGAGAAAAGAUUAUUGUUAUUGUUUACAUUUUUGAAGAAAAAUAAAACAAAAAAGGUGAUCAUUUUGUAUUUACUAAUUGUUUUUAAUUAAUUAAGUGUUUUCAGGUUAUGGUGUUCUUUUCAUCUUGUAAUUCAGUCAAAUUCCAUCACGAAUUAUUGAAUUAUAUUGAUAUUCCAUGUAUGUCAAUUCAUGGAAAACAAAAACAACAAAAAAGAACAACAACAUUUUUCCAAUUUUGUCAAGCUGAAAGUGGAAUUCUUCUUUGUACUGAUGUUGCUGCAAGAGGUUUAGAUAUUCCAGCUGUUGAUUGGAUUGUUCAAUUUGAUCCAACUGAUGAACCAAGAGAAUAUAUUCAUCGAGUUGGUCGAACUGCAAGAGGAGCUGAUGGAAGGUUCAUUUUUAAACUGAAUUUUUGAAGAAAAAAAAUGUAUUUUUUUUUCAGAGGAAAAGCAUUAUUGAUUCUUCGACCUGAGGAACUCGGAUUCUUGAGAUAUCUCAAAGCAGCUAAAGUAACACUGAACGAAUUCGAAUUCUCGUGGGCCAAGGUAAUUCUUUCUGUAUGCAUUUUUUCAAAUUAACUUCUGAAUUUUUUAGGUUGCCAACAUUCAAUCGCAACUCGAAAAUUUGAUUGCUAAAAAUUAUUAUUUGAACAAAUCAGCAAAAGAAGCAUACAAAUGUUAUUUGAGAGCUUAUGAUUCACACUCUUUGAAAGUAAGUUUUUAUUUUUUUCCCAAGAUUUGCUGUUUUUUGUUUUCAAUUUUAAUUGUUUGAUCUCGUUAGAAUUUCUCGGGUCUCAAGGGUCUCUUCUAGUCAAAUUCCGAUAAAUUAUCGUAUCCGCAUGACAAAGUGCAAUACUCUCAAAGAAUUCUUGUUUGAAACAUCAUAAUUUUCUGCAAAAAAAGGUCGAGUGUCAAUUUCCGGAAAUUGACUAUAAUCUGGCUACAAGUUUUCUAAGUGUUAUGUUAUUGUUGUUGUUUUUUAGGACCAAUUGAGACAAAUUUACCUGUUUUUCAAUUUCUAAAAAAUAUGAAAUUCGAUUAAAAAUUAAAACUAGAAAAGUUCAAUUAUUUUCAGGAUAUUUUCGAUGUGACAAACAUGGAUCUAACAGCUGUUGCAAAAUCAUUCGGUUUCACUGUUCCACCAUUUGUUGAUCUCCCAAUUAGUAACAAACCAAAAGUUGAAGUUCGCUCAAAAUUGUCUGGUGCCGGAUAUCGAAAGAAGAAACAAGCGUUCACUUUUAAAACUAAAAAAUAA